AGCGCUGAUGCAACAUAACCUUAAGUCCAGUGUUUUUGCAUUUUCAAAAAACAGCCUAUCCAUAUGGAAAUUUUAUUUAUCAUUUUAUAAUCAUUUUUGAAUGUAAAAAUCACUUGAUACUCUAAGGGAAAAACAAUGACACCAAAACUGAGGAUUUCUUCCAAUGUUUUGAAGAGGCUCCAAGAGCUCACGUCCAAGGACACAGGUCGUCUCUUCGGUGUGAUGUCCGAGAAUUCACUGACAGUACUGAGUUUUGCCCUGAAUCCUCCAGAGGAUGAGGAAUCCUCGAUUCCUCCAGCUGCUCUGCAAUUGAAUAUGCCAGUGGAGAUAGAUCUCUGUGGUGUUCUCUUCAUAGGAGAGGCCUCGGAGAAAAUUCCAGAAGCCUUCAAAGAUAUCGAUAUCACCGAUAAUCCCCUGCUGCUACGAUACACCCUGGGUGCUCAGCAGGUGCAGUCCUUCGUGUACAUCCACCAGACCCUGAAGCCAGCAGGUGAACCAGAGGUGAUUGACGAGUCUGAGAUCUGGGAGAGAUUUUUUUACAUUCGUCUGAGGACGAGCAUCCCCAUGACCACCCAGAGGUCUGAGAUCAUCGACGCAUUCCAGACCACCAGGAAGAAUUUAGCAUCUGGAUCCGUGGGAUUUCACUUUCCUGAGAUUGACGUCUACCUGCUGGGGAGUGACAGCGAGUCAAAGGUGAUCAGUAUAAAAGACUUGAUGGGAAAUCCUCGGAGGAAUUUUCCAGGGGCUGUCGAGGCCAUUGAUGCAUUGAUGCUGACGAGAAUGACUGAUGAAAAAUCCGAAGGCUCCCUCAAGUACGCACCUGUCCUCCAACACGUAAAACGACCAUUCCAGAGUCUUCAGUUCGAUAUCAACGUCGACACUCUUUCUAUUGUCGAGGGGAGUGUUAAUGCCACGAGGCUGUACUCCAUCCUCGUGGAGUCUGUCUGCAGAAAUCUCCGGCUCAUCGAGAGGUCCUUCACCCACGAGCUGAAUCAAGAAAAACUCAAGGUUCCAGAAGUCCUGCAUUUCAAACCGAGAAAUUGCAUGCACCUAGUGACGGUGGCUUAUCCAAGGGGCAGCAGUGACGAAGACACAAGAGACUAUAGGAAAAAUCUCCAUAAAGUUUUGUCGUUCGAUCUCUCGAAGCCUCUGUUCUGUCGAGGCAAUGCUGUCAGGUUUUCCAAUGAUUUCACUAGUUAUGAACCGAUUUUAAAUCCCCAUGCGGCUGUCACGUCCCUUGGGAGUGGAUUUUCUGUUAGUUUAGUGAAGGGACUUUACGCCUAUCAUCACUACAUGCAGGACAAAUUCGAUGACAGUGGGUGGGGAUGUGCAUACAGAUCGUUACAAACGAUUUUUUCGUGGUUCAGACUUCAAGGAUACACUGGAGAGUCAAUACCCUCUCACAGGGCCAUUCAGAAAUGCCUGGUGGACAUCGGGGAUAAAUCACACAAUUUUAUAGGAUCGCAACAGUGGAUUGGCUCCACUGAAGUGGGAUUCGUCCUCGAAACUCUACUGGGAAUUUCAGUCAGGGUGUUAUGUGCUGCCACUGGGGGACAGAUGCAGGAGCAAAUCAUAAGUCUCAAAGAGCAUUUUCAAUAUCAAGGAACACCAGUGAUGAUUGGAGGUGGUGUACUGGCCCACACUAUCCUCGGAGUAGCUCACAACGAAGAAACGGAUGAGAUUAAAUUCUUAAUCCUAGAUCCUCACUACACAGGGCCAGAGGAUCUUAAAACAAUUACCAAUAAAGGCUGGUGUGGCUGGAAGGGACUGAAUUUCUGGAAGAAAGAUGCAUUCUACAAUAUGUGUCUACCCCAGAUACCAUCGAGGUACUAAGCCUCAUAAGACUUCCAUUUUCAUUCUACGAAAAUCGUGGGAAAAUUCUGGUGAUGGUAAAACGUAACAAGUCGAGACAUUCCGUUUUAUUCAGAAAUAUUUCGAUACUUUCCGCCUUUGGGAAAACCCUGGUAUGUUCUCAAAUGAGAUGGAAUUAAUCAAAACUAUUGACUCAAUAUCGCGAUUAUUGACUCAUUACGUUUCAUCAGUUCAUUUCAGAAUUCUCCAGAGUAUGGAGAUCAUUUUUUGUCUUCACCGGUGCACGUUAUUGUUCAGUGAAGAUAUGGUCUUAUCAAUCAAUAUUUACUGUAGAUAAUACAUUAUUUAAUAAAAGUUUUCAUGUUACACUUUUAAA